CUUUAAUGAAACGUAACAUAACAAAACGCAAUUGACAACUCGAGUUGCUAUUGGGAGGCGGAAUUGGAUUUGUAAAUUUUGCGAUUUCUAAUUAAUUUAAUUAAAAACUACUGACGAAAUAUGUCUCGGCAGACUUCAAGACUCGAUGCAAAGAAAGUUAAUUCAGAGCUGCUUACGCUUACUUAUGGAGCCCUGGUAUCUCAAAUGUUGAAAGAAAUUGAAAACACGGAUGAUGUGAACAAACAACUUGAAAGAAUUGGUUACAACAUGGGUGUACGUCUUAUUGAAGAUUUCUUGGCUCGGACGUCGUCAAGCCGUUGUUUGGAGAUGAGGGAGACGGCUGAUAAGAUACAACAUGCUUUCAGGUUAUAUCUAAACAUGCAGCCAACGGUGACAAGUUGGAGCAGUUCCGGGGACGAGUUCUCCCUCGUCUGGGACCAGUGUCCACUGAGCGAGUGGGUCGAGAUGCCCAGCAACGGACUCAAGUACUGUGCCCUGAUCCCUGGAGCAAUACGUGGGGCGCUCCAGAUGGUGCAACUUGAUGUGCAGUGCUGGUUUGUGCAGGAUCAACUGAAAGGAGAUGCAAUAACAGAGCUGCGAGUAAAAUACAUAAAGCGGCUAGAAGAUGCCGUGCCUGCAGGGGAAGAUUAGUUUAAUUAAUGUAUUUAUUCUGUUACUUAUUAUAAUGCUUUAAGUCUACAAUUAUACCUAUUAUUCUUUAACAA